AUGGACCUUAGACUGUUUGCAUAUAUUGAGAAGUUAAAGAACGAAAAUGAGUUUUUGUUACCUCUUCCUCACCCGCCGCAGUUACCUCUUCCUCACCCGCCGCAGUUACCUCUUCCUCACCCGCCGCAGUUACCUCUUCCUCACCCGCCGCAGUUACCUCUUCCUCACCCGCCGCAGUUACCUCACCCCAUUCCAUCGAAGUCACCUGAUUCCCUUCAACCAACUCGUCACCCGAAAUCAAUUCGUCGCCCAAAGAAGAAAUUGUGGGAGAAGUAUGGAGACGAUCUGCGCUGGCAUGAGGGAGACAACCAGGCUCGGAUGGUGGAAGACAACCAGGUUCGAAUAGUGGAAGACAACCAGGUUCAGGUGGUGGAAGACAACCAGGUUCGAAUAGUGGAAGACAACCAGGUUCAGGUGGUGGAAGACAACCAGGUUCGAAUAGUGGAAGACAACCAGGUUCAGGUGGUGGAAGACAGCCAGGUUCGAAUAGUGGAAGACAACCAGGUUCAGGUGGUGGAAGACAACCAGGUUCGAAUAGUGGAAGACAACCAGGUUCAGGUGGUGGAAGACAGCCAGGUUCGAAUAGUGGAAGACAACCAGGUUCAGGUGGUGGAAGACAACCAGGUUCGAAUAGUGGAAGACAACCAGGUUCAGGUGGUGGAAGACAGCCAGGUUCGAAUAGUGGAAGACAACCAGGCUCGGAAUAACGAAGACUUUGGAAACAAUGAUGGCGGCCUCAACGAGCGUAUCAAGCUAAUACUCCGAGGAAUAUCGCUUGCGGAUGCACAAGACCCUCUAGAGACGCUGAGACAGUGCUCGAAAGAACUCGGUAACACUAAACCACAAAACCCUCUAGAGCUAAUAAAAAACUACAGCAUUAUCAGUAACCACACAAAACGUCUCGCUGAGCGUGCAAGAAAGGUACACGCCUUCCAGGAGCUUAUCUUUGUCUCGGCGUGUGAAGUCUUACUCAAGAACGGGUACAAACUCGAAGUUAUUGAUGAAUUGAUGAAGCUGUGCAUUUCCGACUCAAGCACUAAAAAUCUAGAGCGUUUAAGGGGGGGAGCACGAUGGUUUUGUAGCCUAGUUUCCUCACGGAACGCUGCAUGGGAGCACCGAAUAACGGAGCACUUAUUUAACUGUGCCCUAUCCGUGUCCCAGUACAGCAUUUUGUAUAGUAAUGCGAAAAAGUCAACACCAUAUGUCUUGAAGCACUUGGAAGGAAUACCUGCAACAGGAGGUCAGGAUGACGUCGUCGACGCGGAAAGGGUCAAUAACUUCACGGGACCGACCGCAGGAGGCCAGGAUGUCAACGGACAGGCUCAGGUCCGCCGAAAUGAGGCUAGCGACGCGGCGGGAGGCAUUCACGACUCGGAGCUAUCGAGCGACUUUAUAUACAUGUGUAUGCCGAUUUUUGUCCAAGCUGUGCUUGGUAAAAGAUUCUCGCUACUUAACAUCAGUAAAGCUCUGACAUUUGGCGAACACUACCAUACUAUUGAAAUGGAAGAUCGCAACCCUUACAUCACAAAGAAAAUGGAAUGGCUUUUCGAUAAGUACGUUUCAAUCCGGGAUGAAGCAAGCCCGGAGCCUCGAAAAGGGAAACGCAAACGCACGAGGAAUGAUUCGAGUUUGAAGGGUAAAUCCAAGGGUUUCCGGCAAGCCGUACAUAGGGAGUCGUCGGCUCGAGAACCACUCGCUUCAAUCGAGCCUAUCUGCAAUAACGCGAUACCAUUUGCAAAUCAGCAUGAAAUGGAGGGAGGUGAUAGCCACCAUACAAUUUGGGACCCUUCCUCUACAGAGGCGCCAUUGGGGCCAGAACGCAUAGCGGUGCACAACCUGGUUUCUGGUUGUCCUUCACCUGAUGGCUCCGUGAUAUCAGCCCUCCCGUCGAUGAGCAGCGAAGUUGACUGCCGCGAUGACGAGCCUGGUGUUGCAGUUGGCAAUGACUCCAAUCAAGGCUCUAAUCAGUUUGGGUGCGUGGAAUAUGGCCAACUCGAUGCAUCACAACAGCUGUGCGGAACAGUUGACGCACCCAUUCUGUUCCCUAACAACAAUCCUAACACGCUAAAUGCUGGAAACGAUCAAUUGAAUAACGGCGACACAUAUGGCUUAAACACUUCUGCUGUCGAUUACAACCCUCAUAACCUUGCCACCUUUGCCUUCGACUACAACAACCCUCAUAACCUUGCCACCUUUGCCUUCGACUUUAACAACCCUCAGGACCUUGCCACCUCUGCCUUCAACUACAACAACCCUCAUAACCUUGCCACCUCUGCCUUCGACUACGACAACCCUCAAGACCUUGCCACCUUUGCCUCCAACUACAACACCGCUUACAAUCAGCCGCAGUCCUGCCCGCCACAUUAG